CAGUCUGGAGCAGGUGCAAUCACUCCUUGAGAAUGUCAGUGGUGAUGCUGAUAUCUCUCAUCCUCCUCGCUCUGGGGUUUGCAGGUGCUGCGGAGUGUACUAUGUACGCUGCUGUUGGGAGGAACAAGGUGAUUGACCAUGGCCUGGAGUUGCUUGGACAGUCAUUUCACUUACGGUGGUCACAUGACUAUAAGAUAGUUUACGACAACAGGAAGAAUACUGAGCCAAAACCCCAGACCACACCGAAUGGUUCUCUGUUACUAAUUAACCUACAGCUGAAUAAUACAGGGUCUUACCAGGUCACCAUCUACGACAACACGGGAACACUCGUGUUAGACAAAACAACUCGCCUGUGUGUGCUCUCGCCUGUGUCUAAGCCACGUCUGACACACACCUGUACUGGUGCAUCUGUCAGUCUGAGGUGCGAUGUGGGGAACUCUGUGGAUGUUAACGUGGUGUGGAGCCAUAACAGACAAACAAUGCCAGGAUCCACUGACAAAACUCUGACAAUAACCAAGGCAAUGCUCAAACCUGUAGACAGCUAYGUGUGUACAGUGAGUAACAAAGCGAGUGAAGAGAAGAGUGACGAUGUUAACCCUGAAUGUACAGAUGAUUCUUCCUCUACAGUGCUCUUGUUUGGGAUGAAGCUAUGGCUGAUGGUGGCGAUUCUGGCUGGUGGAGGUGGUCUGCUUCUCAUCCUCAUCGUCAUCACCUUGGUGUGUGUCUGCCAGAGCCGCAGGCGGCGCGCUAGUCGCAUAAAAGAGGAGGAGGAGAUGAGACUUGCGCCCCUCACCCAGCCCACGCGUCAAGCAUCCCUCCACCACCACCAUCACCCACACAAGUCCCAGAGCCGAACCCGGCCGAAARACAGAACUCCGUCGCAGGCCACCCAAAACUCCAGACCCCUGCCUCGACCCAGGUCUCCACAGCCUGAACCAGAUGAUGCUCCGCCCAUACCAAUUCCCAGGCGGACAGGACCCCGGAACCACAGGAGUGAGGUGUAGGUGUGUGUGGGUGUGUGUGUGCCUGCAUGCUUGCAUUCUUGUUAACCAUAACAACCCCUGUAGUCACACAAUGGUUCACACUUUGAUUGCAGCAGUUACAAAUAAAGAGCAAUGCUUCACCACUUA